CAUGGUUAUCGGAUGUGAAAGAGAAGCAGAAAGUUUACAGCUCAUGAAAGUCUCAGAAUGAAUGGAACAGCUUAUUCCAACUUCGACAAUCAAGAACAUGUCUUGAAAUUAGGAGAGACGUUUGAGAAACACCCGAAAAGUGCCUUCCAUACAGUGCGAUAUGACUUCAAACCAGCUUCCAUUGAUACAACAUGUGAAGGGGAGCUUGAAGUGGGCAAAGGAGAGCAAGUCACCAUCACUUUGCCCAAUUUAGAGGGUUCGAGUGCUCCAGUAACAGUCUUCAAGGGAUCCAAGAGGCCGUACAUGAAAGAGUGCAUCCUUAUUGUGAACCAUGACACAGGAGAGUACAGACUGGAAAAGCUCAACAGCAAUAUAGCUGUGAAGAAGACCAGGGCUGAGGGCAGCAGUAAGAUCCAUUCUCGCCUGGAGCAACAGACCAGUCGCCUGAGCCAGCAGAUGAAGUGUAACAACAGCGGCAGUAGUAGCAGCAGCAGCAGCAAGACCUCGGCCAGCUCCAAGAGUUCCCCUCCCAAAGAGAAGACAUCCCCAGCGUCCCCACUGGACGACAUCGAGAGAGAAUUGAUGGCGGAGGCGCGGGUCAUGGACCAGCUGAGCAGCGGCGACAGCUCCUCAGACUCCAACAGCUCCUCGUCCUCCAGCAGUGAUGACAGCUCCAGCAGCAGUGACUCUGAGGACGAACAAACCUCUGCGCUACCCUCAACCCAGGCCAACCACAGCAUGCCUAUCAUCAACACAAGUGCCAACACCAACACUCGCCCCCAGGAGAGCGGAGGAGGACUCAUGAACACACUCAAGAAUGACCUCCAGCUGAGUGAAUCAGGCAGUGAAAGUGAUGACUGAACAACACGAGGACGUAUGCCUGCCUGUGGACAUCAGGAGUGAAGGCACCGGGCUCACACCUGUCAGUGUCUUCCUUCCUGUAAUGUGGGACUGUUUUCUCUACAUAUCCACAAUUCUGCUAGCAAACAUAAUUUGUCGCUUCUCUGCCAACAAACUUCAAAUUUUCUGUCUUUGUUUUUUGUGUGUGAAGAGUGCAUGUUACACAGAUGCCUUAGUUCGGAGAGACUUGAUGUGGUUGGUGUCAGAGAAGCAGUAAAUUAUGACAAACUAUCCUUAAUCUUUCAUGUCACUGGAUGCACAUGUGGUUAAGCUGAUCAAGCAUAUCAGAGGCAGAACAGUGGUGUUGAUGUAGUGUAAAUGGAUGUUUCUGUCCACCAAUCAGUUGUCUUAAACCACCACUGGAGUUUCUGCAUUUCAGUUUAGCGAUAUUGGGAAGUUUUGUUGUGCCUUAGGUCAGUUAAUGGCUUCAGUUCACCUGCAUUAGCUUCAGAUUGGAGACGUCUGUCGUAACAGAAAUGACACUUCUUCAGCCAAGUCUCCAUGAUAUGACAGAGUCUUCUGCUUUUGUCUUAUAGUUAUUGUAAAGUUAACUGUAGAGGCUUUUGCUUUGGAUUACUGCAAACUCUGCUGCAGAACUACAACAUGUGUUCAUUUAAAGCUGCCUUAAUUGCUUUUUUUUGCUCUUGGGGGCAAAAAAAUUAGAUGAAACAAGCUGAAAAUGUAAGAUUGAUGUAUUCUCUCCUUGGAAGCUUGUUAUUGCAAAAGUUGUAACAAAGAGUUGCUCAUUUAUACUUCCACAAGCCACAGAUCUACAUUAUCAUUAGUUUGUUGUUGUUUUUCUUGAUGAAUGCAAGUCCAAUAAUCUCUCUCCUUCUAGCUCUGUUUAGGUCUUCAUCAGAGAAAUAAAUCUGCUUCUUUAGGUGCUAGAUGCUCCACUAUAUUCACCAGCUCGUUGCUAACUUUGCUGUUUGACACUGGGUGGGCUGCCUACAGUGGCUUUAUCAAAGGUUUUGGCAGGAAAGAGCUGCCUGCUGUGACUGGAAGUUAAUGGGCCAGAACACCAACACAAUGAGCUGAAAGAUGCUAAAAUGCUCUGAAGCACUUGAGGGGGAAUGUGGGUGGUAAUCAUCAUUGUUGGCUUCACAACUACAAGAGACCCCUUUCAUAUUGCACAUGCUCAUUUUUUCAUUAUUAACUUAAAAUAUUGAUAAUUGCAGCUUUAACAUGCCUCUAAAACCUUGUUUAGUGAUACUUCAGUGAAGAAGUGGGUCUCAUUUCUGGCAGAGUACUGCACUAGUAUUCAGUUGACUCAGUAAGGGUCAUGCUUUGUAGCUUUAAACCUGCAAUACUUGAAUCUAAUUAAUUAUUUAUAUUUCAAAAUAUUCUCGACCAAUGGUGAAUUGCUUAAUAUAUUUUAUAUAUAUUUUAAUAGCCAAGCAAUUGGAAGUGCAAGGUAGUAUGAACUGUGUUGCAUAACAAGCCAGAUGCUUUGAUACUGCACCUCAAUGUCAGUUUUACAGAGCCUUUUGUUAUUCGCCUUGGCCAGUUAUAACAUAGGCCGCCAUCUUGUUUUGUCUUGAGCCCCAUAUCACCGCCGAGCUGUCUCAGCGAACAGGAAGCUGCUGCUUAUGUUCCAGCAUUUCUUUGGAUUCCCAGCUGAAUGAGUCCGUGAGACACUGAGAUGAUGUUUUUGAAUUUGAAAAGUCAGUAAUCUGUUUAGCCUCAAGGAGAACCGAGCAUCAUUUGUAAACUGUUGUAAUUUCUUUGUAGAAAAAUAAAGAUUUUA